GUACCCAAACAAUUGAAUUACUACAACGGCGGUCGGAUUGUUUGUCUUGGUCCUUGUUCGUUUCCAAAUGGCAUUUUUCAUUUCCCAACGAAAGCCGUUAAUUUUAAUUUUAAUUUUACUGGGACUGUCUAACGGCGGACAGACAUUUCAGCUCCACGUCAGCGCUACGACGUGUCCUUAAGCAAGUGUUUUUUAUUAUUAUUAUUAUUAUUUUUUAAUUAAUAAUUUUUACCUUUCUUUCAGGGAGGAAAAAAAACAAAAAAGAAGAAGAAGAAGAAGGAGGAAAAAAAAAAAAAAGCGUGCGUGUUUUCAGCUUGUAAUUGAUUGGGAGCUGUGAGAACUCAAGUGUGAGGGAAAACUAAAACUAAUAUAGAGUGAGAGAGAUGGAUGGUCAUGGCCAUGGUAGUAGUACUAGUAAUAAUUGUUGGAGGAGUAGAUCCAGCUUAUCGAAUUCCAGUCGCAGAUUGUUUACCAUGCAAUCAGUCCUUUUCUUCAUCUCUGCUCUUUUACUGUUCUUACCAGCUUCAUCAGAUGGAGCUCCAAUUGGAACUCGUAAAACUGGCACCUCGUCCGUCUUCUCUCUCUUUAACCUCAAGGAGAAGAGUAGGUUUUGGAGUGAGUCUGUCAUGCGUAGUGAUUUUGAUGAUUUGGAAUCUUCUAGCCAUAGCAAAAUGGAUGUUCUCAAUUAUACCAAGGCAGGUAACAUUGCAAAUUAUCUAAAGCUUCUGGAAGUUGAUUCUAUGUACCUUCCAGUCCCAGUUAAUUUCAUUUUUAUAGGAUUUGAAGGGAAAGGAAAUCAAGAAUUCAAGCUUUACCCUGAAGAACUCGAGCGCUGGUUCAGGAAAAUUGACCAUAUCUUUGAACAUUCACGGAUUCCACAAAGUGAAGUUCAUAAACUGUCUUACCAAAUGAGUAUUGAUAAAGAGCAACAUCACCACCUUCCCAUUGUCAGUCAUGUUAAUUACAAUUUUUCUGUUCAUGCAAUACAAAUGGGAGAGAAGGUUACAGCGAUAUUUGAGCAUGCAUUAAAUGUUUUAGGCCGCAUUGAUGAUGUGUAUAGUAACAGGGAUCAUGGAGAUACUAUUUGGCAAGUAGAUGUGGACAUGAUGGAUGUUCUUUUCACUAGCCUUGUUGAAUAUCUUCAACUUGAAAAUGCAUAUAACGUUUUCAUUUUGAAUCCCAAGCAUGACGUACAAAGACCUAAAUAUGGAUACAGGAGAGGUUUAUCAGAUUCAGAAAUAAAUUUUCUCAAAGAGAGCAAGGGUUUGCAAACCAAAAUUCUUCAGUCAGGAAGCAUUCCGGAAGCUGUUCUGGCUCUUGAAAAGAUAAAGAGGCCUCUGUAUGAAAAGCAUCCAAUGGCAAAAUUUGCCUGGACAGUAACUGAAGAAACUGAUACAGUGGAAUGGUACAAUAUAUGUAUUGAUGCACUGAAUAACGUUGGCAAGUUGUAUGAAGGAAAGGACACAGCUCAAAUCAUUCAGAGCAAAGUUUUACAGUUGUUGAAAGGUACGAAUGAAGACAUGAAACUUCUUUUUGAAAAGGAAUUAAAAUCUGGAGACUUUAGUGAUCUUCAUGCAGAAUGCCUCACAGAUACAUGGAUUGGAAAGGAAAGGUGGGCACUUAUUGAUUUAAGUGCGGGCCCUUUCUCUUGGGGACCAGCUGUUGGUGGAGAAGGUGUGCGAACAGAGCAAAGUUUACCUAACGUGGGAAAGACAAUUGGGGCGGUUUCAGAAAUUUCAGAAGAUGAAGCUGAAGAUCGCUUACAAGAUGCUAUUCAGGAAAAGUUUGCUAUAUUUGGUGAUAAAGAUCAUCAGGCCAUUGAUAUUCUGUUAGCAGAGAUUGAUAUAUAUGAACUUUUUGCUUUUAAACAUUGCAAGGGAAGAAAAACUAAGCUUGCUCUUUGUGAAGAACUUGAUGAGAGAAUGCGGGAUUUGAAAAAUGAGCUCCAGUCAUUUGAAGGUGAAGAAUAUGAUGAUAAUCAUAAGAGAAAGGCCAUGGAUGCUCUAAAGAGAAUGGAGAAUUGGAAUUUGUUCACUGAUACUCAUGAGGAGCAUCAAAAUUACACAGUCGCACGUGAUACUUUUCUUGCACAUUUGGGUGCAACAUUGUGGGGGUCGAUGAGACAUGUAAUAUCACCUUCCAUUUCUGAUGGGGCAUUUCAUUACUAUGAGAAGAUCACAUUUCAGCUGUAUUUCAUCACACAGGAGAAAGUUAGACAUAUUAAGCAAUUGCCAGUGGACCUCCCAGCUUUGAUGGAUGGACUCUCAUCUUUGCUGUUGCCUUCUCAGAAACGGGCUUUUAGUCAUCACAUAUUACCACUUUCAGAGGAUCCCGCUUUGGCAAUGGCCUUUUCAGUGGCACGGCGAGCAGCAGCUGUCCCGUUAUUGCUUGUUAAUGGGACUUAUAGAAAGAAUAUUCACACAUAUCUUGAUUCCUCCAUUCUUCAGUAUCAGUUGCAGAGGCUGAAUGAGCAUGGCUCCCUUAAAGGGUCGCAUGCCCAUAGCAGGUCCACACUGGAAGUGCCAAUCUUUUGGUUCAUUUAUAAUGAGCCAUUGUUUGUUGACAAACAUUACCAGUCGAAGGCACUUUCUGACAUGGUUAUUGUUGUCCAGUCAGAGCUCUCAUCCUGGGAAAGCCAUCUGCAGUGUAAUGGGCAGUCUCUUUUGUGGGAUUUGAGGAGGCCCAUCAAAGCAGCUUUGGCUGCUGCUUCAGAACAUCUGGCUGGUCUGCUACCCCUUCAUCUUGUUUACAGUCAAGCCCAUGAAACGGCCAUGGAGGACUGGAUGUGGUCGGUGGGGUGCAACCCUUAUUCUAUCACUUCUCAAGGCUGGCACAUUUCACAGUUUCAGUCUGAUACAAUUGCUCGUAGCUAUAUCAUAACAACUCUUGAGGAGUCGGUACAGAUAGUCAAUUCAGCCAUUCGUCUUCUAGCCAUUGAGCGCACAACUGAGAAAACCUUCAAACUCUUCCAAUCCCAGGAACAUGAGCUUGUCAACAAAUAUAAUUAUGUUGUUAGCCUGUGGAAAAGAAUUUCAACAGUUACAGGAGAAUUGCGAUAUGUGGAUGCCCUGAGACUGCUAUAUACCCUAGAGGAUGCAUCUAAAGGGUUUGCUGAUAAAGUAAAUUCAACUAUAGCAAUUCUCCACCCAAUCCACUGCACAAGAGAUAGAAAAGUACAUGUAGUGUUUGAUUCGACUACAAUCCCUGCUUUUGUAGUUGUCUCUGGCAUCCUAUAUGUUGUUUUAAAGCCAAGACGUUCAAAGCCAAAAAUUAAUUAAAAAUACUCUGGACAGAUACGAUUGAAGUUCCUCAGUCUGAAUGGCUUUCUGGAGACAUGUUCAAGGGAAAUGGCUUACGUUUCCCUCCAUGAUAAUCAUAUAUUUGUUUCUUGUUUUCGUUUCUUCUUCUUCUUCUUCUCUCUCUUUUUUUUUUUCUUUUUUUUUUUUUUGGGUUAAUUUUUUGUUUUUUGGUUAUUUUUUUUUUCCUGCUGUGUUCACUAGUUCCAAAAACUUUUAUAAAGUGUCGGCUGGAUGGAGAAAAUAGGUCCUCAUGUGAGAAACUGGAUAUCAUUUGUACCUGUGAAGUUCCUGUAACAAUUGAGAAACGUGGUCUUGCUUUUAAAAAUUUUUACUUGCGUUUCUUUUUCA